AUGCUACGGACGUUUGUGGUUUUCGGUUUAUUCUGUCCCUCCAUAGUGUUCACGAACCAUACAAUUUUGGAACGUGGUAAAAAUGUCUCUUUUAUCGACACGGACGACAUGUCGUCUUCAACCCCACAGCACGACGACAUAGUUCUACAGACCACAGACCGUUUGCCUGAUCAAUGGGUGUCUGAUUUGUUUCAUCGAGCGUUGAAGAACUUUAGGAUACAGAAAGGCGUCGGUUCGUCGGCCUGUCAAAAACAAACGCAAAUGUACGUCAGUGAUUUGAAAAACAACUCUUACUGGGCAGUGAAAAUGUACGAUUCUUGGAGCCGAACUCCAAACGGCAUAUUAUCAGGUAAAACGCAUCAAAUGGGCGUGUACAGACAAUGCAUCGACGUGCAUCAACCCAUUCAAGGGCAGUACUGCAUGACAACCACAAAGCUCAAGACAGUGGAUGGCGCAAACCCGAUAGACUUGAAAAAAAAUAAUGAAUUGGAAAGUCAUGAUCACGCUUGGAACGAAAUACUUGGGUUUAUCGACUACGGAGACCAAUAUCAAAGAAAUGAAGUGAAAAUAGGUAUAUGCAUACCGGAAUCUUGUACCGCCGAAAAUCUUAAGUUAUCGUUACAGAACGAGCUCGACAGCGUAUUUUUGCCUCACCGCGUACAAGCCAAAGUCAAUGUCGACCCUAUGUUGUGUUCCACUGACAAGAAUGUGUACCCAUACGAUACUGGUUAUUAUAUCACCAGAUCCAUACUGUACUUAUUGCUGAUAAUUUGUGGUGUGUCUACAUUAAUUCACUGUACAGUAAUGACAAUAAAGAAAGAAAAAACUAAUGAUAUCUUACCAAAUUACGUCUAUUGGUUCUCAGUUAUUCACAACGGCAGGAAUUUAAUCAAAUACGACAAAAACAACAAGCUGAAUAUUUUUAAUGGUUUAAAAACAUUGACAAUGGUGUUGAUAUUAUUUGGUCAUAGAUUCUUAGUUCAUUCGACGAGUCCCAUAUUGUAUACGCUGGACUUAGAAAGGAUUUACAGAGUCGGACCAGACAUUUUACUGACGUGCAUGAAUUUAGUAGACCCUUUUUUUUAUAUAACUGGUUUUCUCAUGUACGUCAUGAUCAAGCCACAACUAGUUAAACGCGGGACCGGUUGGAUCCAGGUACCAAUGAUAAUAUUUUACAAGUACCUAAGGAUUUUACCAGCCUACGGAUUCAUGAUGCUAUUGACGGCGUAUUUUAUACCAUUUAUGUACAACGGACCGUUUUGGGCGUCCAAAAUGUGGCCUGAAGCAGAAAAAUGUAAAAAUUAUUGGUGGACAAAUUUUUUAGCAACUAGUAACUUCAUAGAUGUCGACCACCAAUGUCUUAUAGUCGGAUGGUACAUUUCAUGUUUGAUACAGUUCAUGAUCAUUGGUACCAUUCUCAUAAGCGUUUGCGUGAAGUAUCGAAAAAUCGGAGUGGGAAUUAUAAGCGUAUGUCUGUGUAUAUCGUUAGCUAUACCGUUUAUUACGACUUACGUCACUCAAUCGUAUGCUUUAAUUAAAAUUUUGAUACCAUUUCUUCAAGACCCUAGCAGUUCCUUUGAAUUUCGGAAGUUUUACCGGCCAUUCUACAUGAGAGGUAUUCCGUUUUACGCUGGACUUAUGGCGGGCAUUAUAGUCGAAGAAAUGAAGAAAAGAGAAAUCAAACCAUCCAAAUUUGUCGUUUACAUUUGGACAUUUAUUAUAACCACCGUCAGCUUUUGUGUCCAAUACUAUGGUUCCAGGUUUUACAACAGACAAAACCCUUACAAUGUCAUAGAACAGGCUACGUAUUCCGUUCUUAAACAUUGUACGUGGACGUUUAUGCUAUUCUGGAUCACAAUUUGUUACUUUACAUCGGGUUAUGGUCCAAUUGAAAAGGUGUUAAAUAACAGGUUUAUGACCCCAUUGGGUAGAUUGUCUUACGUAGUAUACUUGGUGAAUAUCCAAGUAAUGAUGAUAAUGGAAUUUAGACAAUCCUCAAUAUUUUCUCCUACUAUGGAAGUGAAUAUGGAUAAUUGGAUAGUUGGUGUAUAUAGAACGUAUACUGCUGGUCUUGUGCUGUACUUCAUCGUCGAAGCGCCAUCUAAUACAAUAAUAAAAACCAUAUUUUUUGGCAGUGGUGAAAAAGAUAAAGACUCUGAUAAACGAGAAAAUGCCAUAACAGAAAAUACACCGAAUGAUCCACGUUUAUGAUGUGAAAAACGACUGUAAAUUAAAC